CUUCUUCUUUCAUUUUGAGACGCAUGCUCUUCUGGUAUCGAAUGACUUUGAGAGUAGAACUCCAGGAUACCAGGCUGUAAUUGUUGGUGUGCCUUGAUAUAACACCGGCGUGACGCAUGCGAUAUCUUUUUAGGGCUGCGCACAUCGUGUCCCCUUCACUAUGCCUGUCGUGCGCCUUCGUCUUAUUGGCACCUCUCUUUUGCAUCCUUAUCUGGAAUACAUUCAAGAAUUCCCGAAUCACAUAGGCAAUCCUACGCUCAACGAACGCACAAGUCUCACAACAGUCUUGCUGUCAACUCCCUCCCCUCUUCUCCCUCUUGUUCUCUACCGGGUGACCCAUCUCCUCCAACCCCCUCGCCCUCUCCGCCUCCACCUUAGCCACCCGCUCAAUCUGCGCCUGCCGCUUCGCCCGCCGCGUGUAAGGGUUCAGCCUCGAACCGAACUUGUUCAAUUUCCCCCUCCUCGCCAAGACAAUGAGCAGGACCACCAGAGCCAGCAGGAUGGCAAGACCGAGGGCAAUGGGUAUGGCAUAGAGAGGCGGCUUCGGUUUCGGCGCAGGCUGGGGCACGAGAAGGGGUUUUGCGGCCGUGGAAGCGGGGACGGUGGGGUCGAAGGUGCGUGUUGCAGGGUGCUUCUUGAGGUUGAGGGAGAGGGAGAAGGGGGGUUCCGAGGGGUCCGAGGGGUGUGUCAUUGUGUGCGUCGGUGGGUGUGGGUACUAGUAGUGUAGCUAUUGGAGAGGGGUGCUAUGCGCAGAGGGCGUGGAGAUGAAGAGGGUCUUUGCGGAUGAUUCCCAUGUCCGGGGAGAGGUGUAUUUCAGAGGGAUGGAGGAGUCACCGAGCUGGGCUUCGAGCAACGGGCGGGGGCGCGAGGCCAUUUUUGAGGUGGUGGAUCUGGCCUGGGAUUUUCUGGACCCCAACCAGCUACGCUAUAUCAGAAUAGAGCUAUAGAGGUACUCCGUACUCUGCCUUGUGAGACCUGCGGACCGAGCGACCUGUCGUAGGAUUCGCUUCGGGGCGUUGGGCAAUCGUAUUAUUGCAUUUCUUGCUUGUAUACGGAGUAGCGAGAGAUUGCUGCACUUCGGUGCUUUGACAUUUUUUGA